AGCAUCUGUCAGAUUAGGUGCAGGACUUGGCUUUGCUUCUACGAGAACAGUGAAGAAUGAGCUUAUUAAUGGGUCUCACAAGCAACAUGACAUCCCCUUCUCAGCUUGUAAUAAUCAGAGAUACUUUUACCACAGCCUUAGUGAAGAAUCUGAUUGUUGUUCUGGUCUGGUUCAUCCUCACGUUCAUCAACAGCAUCUUGAUUGCCACAUUUUUUAGACACCAGAUGUUCUAUGAAGAUCCUCGUUACAUCCUCUUCAUCCACAUGGUGAUCAACGAUGGCAUUCAGCUAACUGUGACCAUCACACUCUUCAUCCUCAGCUACAUAUUCUACAGGAUUAAUGUCUCGCUCUGCUGCUUUUUCAUCCUGGUGGCAGUCUUUACUACCAGAAACACCCCCGUUAAUUUGGCCGGCAUGGCCAUAGAGCGCUACAUUGCCAUUUGCAAACCUUUACGUUACACUCAAAUCUGCACAACGAGGAGGACCUACAUAGUCAUCGGACUGAUUUGGUUUGUAUGUGUGGCUCCAGAUAUAACAGAUCUGUUUAUAACCCUGGCCACUGAGCCAUUAAGCUUCUUUCACGAGUCUGUGUUCUGUAUGCGGCAGAACGUGUUUAAAGACCCGAUCCUGGCUGAGAAAAGGAAAGCCUUUGAUAUAAUUUAUUUCUCCUGCGUGUUUCUUACUCUGGUCUUUACCUACCUGAAGAUAAUGUUCGCAGCCCGAGGCCUCUCAACAGUUACCACUUCAGCCAAGAAAGCCAGAAACACCAUUCUCCUUCACGGUGUCCAGCUGGCCAUGUGUCUGCUCUCCUACAUCUCUCCUAGCGUGGAGGUUGUUCUACACAUCAUCUUUCCGGGACGAAUUCUGGAAAUGAGAUAUGCAAACUACCUGAUUGUCUACAUUCUUCCCCGGUUCCUGAGCCCAAUAAUCUACGGAGUCAGAGACAAAAAGUUCAGGAAAUAUCUCAGGAUGUCUCUGCUGAGAUGCAGCUGCCGAUGCACGCUAAAGCCAGUGGUUCCACUGAACAAAGACUGAAUGUGAAAAAUAAUUAUUACAUUUAGAAAUGGUUAAUACGUAAAAAUUGAUAAAGACAACGCUGAACCUGGGGGUCUUUUAAUUUAAAGAGAUUAAAUUUUUAUAACUACUCUUUGAUAAAAUAUAUCAUAUAAAGCUCAAUCCAGAUGUGUAUAGAUCCAUUCAUCCAUCCAUUUUCUGACCCACUUAAUCCCUGAUGGGGUCAUGGGGGUUUGCUGGUGCCUAUCUCCAGCAUUCACUGGGCAAGAGGCGGGGUACACCCAAUCAAUUAAUAAUUAGAUAAUCUGUGCAUAUUGGUUUUUCUUUUUCUAAUCUAAGGUGUUUUUAUCUUAUUUUCUUGUGUAUUUCUUAGUGUUGCAAUUUAGUCAUGCCAUUGCUUUCUCAUGUAUUUACUCUGCAUUAUUGGAUAGGCUCUGUUAGUUUUUAUUUCUUGUUUUUAUUUCUGCCCCAGGGCAGACAGGGAGAAGUGGGUAAUUAAUGGAUCCCAUUCACCUGUGUCUCCUCAUUUAGCCUUAUAGCCUGCACCUGUUCUCUGCUCCAUUUAAGCAGUCAGUUUGUUUUUAUUUGUUACUGGGUUCUUUUGUUGAAUACCUGUCUCCGUUCCUUGUUCAACAACCACCUUACAGAGCCAGAAUUGGACAUUCUCAUUAAAGCUUUCAAGUUCAUCAUGCUGCUCCCAAGCUCUUGUUUGUAUUAUUCUCCCAAACAAAAACGUAUGAAAAGUGGAGGCACACCUUUGAAUGUAUUUUAAGGCAGCACCUCAAACCGUUUCCUUGUUGGAUAUCAUGGUUAAAUCAAAAGCAACCGUAAAGGUGUUAGGAAGAAUAUUGCAGAUGUCCACAAUUCUGAUGCCUUAGGUGCAACUCCCAGAUUCUUGAAGGUCCAACAUUUGUUGGUUAAAACAAGUGCACAUAUAUCAUUAUUGUCACAAAAAACGCCAUUCUAGUCAAUAGGGUAUUUCCCACCAGCUCUGGAGUCUCUCAUCUCUGGGUUUCCCUUUAUUGUCUUGCCCUCAGCUCUCUGAUUUUCUGGACCUGACCUGGACUGUCUUUCACCACGUAUCUAUCCCAGCACUUUGGACCCGUCUGUCAUCUUUUGCCUUGAUAGUGUACGAACUCUGCCUGCUUCUUAGACCUGAUCCCUGCCCUCAACCCAUUUUUC